AUGAAACGAGUAUUCGGCGCUCCGAAUAACUCGCGGAAGGACGUUGGGCAAACUGCUCGCACCGCGGGCUCCGCGGGAGGCUCGCGUUUCGGAGAUACUCUUGUAUCGGCACGACCGCGCUCGCUGGCUCGGCGCUGGCCGCCCACGCUAGAUUGGUUCCCCAGUGGCCGACUGCGCGGUAGGCGAUCUAACAAAAGCAAAAAAAAAAUUCAUGUGGCGUUAAAUUUUGUACAAGUUUGCCAGUCGAUGAUAGCAGUAUUCUAUGUCUUUUUGUCGUAA